AUGUCGACAACGUCAUCAUUUAUGUAUUCUACCCAAAUACUUGAUGACGUACAAGCAAAGCAUAUGCACAGAAAUGAUGGAAGUGAUGAGGAACAGUACUCAGAUCAGAAUCUUGAUGGAAGAAUAGUAUGUGAUUGGAAAGACCAAAGAUUUUCAACAAAUAAAUGCAUUGUAAGAAAUAAAUACAUAUGUGACGGAAAAACAGACUGCGUCGGAGAUGUUGACGAAUGUUUUUGUGGAAACAACAAUUCUUCAUUCACCCAACAAAUUUACAUAAAUGAAGAAUGUUUUCGGUGCUUGAAUCACCCUUUAAUAAUUCCGAUCGGACAGCUUUGUGAUGGAAUAGUACAAUGUCCAGAUUUAUCUGACGAAUGUUUAUGUCAAAAAAGAGAAACUGCGGAAAUCUGCAAAAUAGUCAAAUGGGAGGUGAAUGACAGUAGAAAUAUGAAAUGUCAAACAUUUGAUUCCGAUAAUCCACUGAACGUAUCAAAAUUUACAAGAUGUGAUGGAAAACCAGACUGCAAAAACGCACUUGAUGAAAGCAAUUGCGAAAAAAUAUUCUGUGACGGCUUUUGGGCAACUCUUUGUGAUGGGAUAGUGGAAUGUUCUACUUUUUCUUCUAGAUUACGAGAAGAAUGUGGAUGUAGGAAUCCAAUGAAAUGGUGUGUCAUGUUCUCUGUGAGAAAGGCAUUGGAUCAGGAAUUUUGUGAAUUAAAUCCAUCCAAUUCUGCAAUUCCGAAAAUUAUACUAUCGAGUGAAUUGUGUGAUGGAAAAAUAGACUGUCCUCAAGGCACAGACGAGUUAAACUGCCCAGACAGAUUUUACUGCACAAAUGAAUUUGCUGUUCAUAUACCUGAAUCGAAUGUUUGUAAUGGAAAAAAGGAUUGUCACGACGUCAGUGACGAACUAAACUGCAGUUCUCAAACUCAUUUUUAUUGCAAUGAUACGGGAAACACCAAAUUCGUCGACUCAAAGCAGGUUUGUGACGGCAGUGAAGAUUGUAAGAGUGGAAACGAUGAAUGUUUGGAGGAGUGUAGCAUCGCCAUAAUGGGGAACCUUAUAGUUGCUGGAUCAAGCAUUCGUGGCUUAAUUCACCAGAGACAAUCCUUGAAAACAAAUGAAGUGAUAAACAGAAUGUUGCUUCUGAAUCUCUCAAUUUCUGAUUUACUUGUUGGGAUUCAUAACUGUUCUAUUUGCAUUAAAAACGUUAUGCUAAGUGGCAAUUAUUGCCGAGAAAGCAGACAAUGGAGAAGUGGACUUUUGUGUUCAGCACUUGGAGCAAUUUUAAUGAUCGGAUCAGAAACCUCUGUAUUUACUCUCAUAAUCCUUGCUAGCUUCAGACUGUAUUCAAUUUUAAGACCAUUUCAAACGACGCCUAUCAAACGAGUUAUGGCUGUAAUUGGAACUGCCUGGCUUUUGUCUGGCAUGAUUGCACUACUUCCUCUGGUAACGUUUUUGGAGGAUUAUUUUAUUGAUAGUGUCUGGUAUGAUCAGAAUCCACUUGUUGCAACUAUUAGUAAACAUGAAGUGAACAUUCAGUCCCAUCGGAUGCUCGCAAUGCUUAAUAAUGUGUCUUAUUACAGAAACUCGGUAAACUCAUGGAAAACUUUGAACGCGUUGAUGAAAACUCUGAAUUCAUCUUACACAAUGAAACGAAAAUUUGGAUACUAUUCUACACAUGGGGUUUGUCUUCCAACAUUGUUUCCAGAUCGUGAACAAGAUACUGCUUGGAUGUAUUCUCUUCUGAUUAUCUUCGUGAAUUUAGUGGCUUUUAGUUUCAUUGUGAUCGCCUACAUAUUCAUAUACAGAAAAGCUAUGAAGCAAGGCAAAACCGCAACCAAUACAGAUACACAAAAAGAAAGAGGUAAAAAAAUGAGACGAAAGAUAACUCGCAUCAUAGUAACGGAUUUCUUGUCCUGGAUGUCCAUUUGCUUCAUGGCGUUUAUGCAGGUAGCAGGUGUCGAUAUACCGAAUGAUACCUACGUUGUAGUCGGCUUGAUACUGAUUCCGAUCAACAGUGCUCUGAAUCCACUUUUAUUUUCUGAAGCACCUGAAUACAUCUGGCAACGUGUAAAACCUUUUUUCGCCGGAAUAAUGAAGGUAUGCUAAAUAAUUCAAGUAAGGCGUCUCUCCUACGCAC